CCCCCCAAUCUGGAGAGGAUGCUGGAACAAAAAAAAAAGGAGGAUCCUUUCGGUCUCUGGAUCUGGUCCCCCUCUUCGUCAUCCGGGCGCCCCAUUUCUGUGCUGGUCCCGCCCACCGCUGGAUGUGGUCCCUCUCCAGUUGUUGUAGGAAAAGAUUAUUUUGCUGAGUUUUGAAUGGGAGGAAAGGGGGGCUGGCGGGGGUGGGCAGGUUCUGCCGAGGCCGGGUCGGGGGCUGAGCUUCGAUCGAGGCAGCUCUUUCGCAGGGUGGUUGGAAUAGUCCCCCUCUGAAGGCGGCUGGGGAUGUUGCUUUUGCAGAUCGGCCCUUUGAGUGUGCGUUGGUGGGAGCCCCUUCCUCCCAAACUGAUGAUCCCUCCCGCUUGGAUGGCUCCUGAGAGCUGAGUUGCACGCUGGCUGCUGAUCAUGGACCCUGCCUCUCCGCUUCCACUAGUCUUGACUCCUGACCCUCGAGGUUUUAAUCAGGGGGGAGCAGAGCCCAGUGACCCUGCCCCGGAUCCCUGUAGCCCCCUGUCUGAAAGACACUAUGAAGUGAUUCCCUGCGUGAUAUGCACCCUCUGCUGUGUUUUUGGAGUCGUCUAUUGCUGCUUUGGUUACCGCUGUUUCAAAGCCAUCAUGUUUCUCUCAGGCCUGCUCUUCGGCUCAGCUGUGAUCUUCCUGCUUUGCUACAAGGAGCGCAUCUUGGACACACAGUUGAGCCUGGAGGUCAGCGCGGGCAUCGCCCUGGGCAUUGGAGUCCUGUGUGGCUUAGUUACUAUGUUGGUGCAUUCAGUCGGGUUGUUCCUGACUGGACUUUUGCUUGGUUUGCUGUUAGCCACUGCUGGGCUGGUGGCCACACAGCCAUUGUAUGAGCUGCCCAAUGCAUGGGUCCCUGCUGGAUCUCUUCUGGGCUUUGCCCUCUUGGGUGCUGUUUUGGCCUUGCGCUGGCAGAAAGCUUUCACGGUGCUGUCCACAGCGGUGUUCGGGGGCGCCGUGCUCACCCUUUGCUUGGACUAUGCCGUGGAGAACCUGGCUUUGGGCCGCCACAUCUAUGACCACCUCCGUCUGGCACCUUCUUCCCCGCUCUGCUGGUGCGGCUGGGCCGUGCUGGCCACCUGGCCUGUCAUGGCUUUGAUGGGAGUGUUACUACAAUGGAAAGUAACAGCUGAAGGUUUCUCCCACACAGAUGUGGUCCUUAAUCGGCGACAGAAGCAGCUGCAGCUCUUGCGAAUUCGGCAGCGCGAAGCCAAGAAGAGGCAAAACCAAACUGCGCAAGAGGGCUCCUACCGGCCUAAGGCCAAUGUUGUCAAGCGCUGCGCAGGAGAUGUCCUCGCCCCGAGUUAUAUCCAGAGCCUGCGUGACCGCCAGCAGCUGGGAACUGGUACAUCACUGAGUAAUCUGAGUACCAGUGCGCACACCGCUGUGGAUCUGGAUUAUGACUGUGGAUCUACUGUGCCCCUCACCAUUCCCCGGAGCUGCCUCUGAAAGGGGUGAUUUCUACUUCUGCUUGUGCCUUAACUGGGGAUGCACAACUCAUUCCUGGACUGUGAACGUUUUUUGUCCCUUUUAGACCUCUGUACACGGACCACCCUUGCUAGCCUGCACACACGGAUCCCCUCUCUCGUUUUUGAUGUUUUCAGUUGUUCGAAUUGGGUAGAUUCACUCAAGAUCUCGCAUGUUAUUAGAUCAAACCAGUAGGAGAGAAGGGAUUUUUUUCUUUAAAAAGCACAUUAAUUUACUGCCAAUGAAGGCAAGUGAAGGAAGAAAGCCAGCCUUCUUCUGCAGGGCAGUCACAGCUGCCUUCCGGGCAAUGCUGCCACAAAAAAAGUGCCUUUUCUUCGGUGACUGUCCUGAACUUUGAAGCUGGUGUAGUGCCAGCAGUUAACCCUGGUUGAAAUGAGCCAUAGACACCCGUCCCCUUCCUUUGCAAUGAAGGGGUCAUUUGUCCUAGUCUGCAGCAGGUGUAGAACGUGGUCUUGAGUAUCUUUUGACCUAGAUUUUUUAAACUGCCCUUGUAGAACCUUUAUCUCAGGGGUGCGGCAGCUAGGUGGUAACUUGAAAUUGUUCUUUGCACUGCAAACGGAUGGGGCAAAAUGGUCUGAUCUGUGGGACUUUUACAAUACUUUGCCAUUUUGCAGUGGGGAUAAAAGAAUCACGUGAGAAUAUUUGUGAUUAUCACUCCCACAGGGCAAAUUGUUUUAUCGUUGAAGACGUUCAUGGCCAGAAUCAACAGGUUAUUGUGGCAUUUCCGGACCACACAGCCUGGAAAAUCCACAACAGCUGGCAAUUUGAUUUGUCUAUACUUAGAAGGGAGCUUCUUCUAUUUUUCUUAAUCCAGAUUGAAUCCCAGUCUGUGCAGUGCCUUUUUCUGUCUAAACACAGCCUUACCUGAACUAAAGUGGUUUUUUUGGUUUAACUUGACAUCUGGUGCUUUUAAGAAAAUCUAAACAAGGAUUUAAACAAAUCCUUUUUGGUUUUUACUUACAUUUUUUUUUUUACCUGUAAGCUAACUAUCCAAAAUCCUGGACUAUUAAUCUAAAUGUGGCAAGUAUGUUCUGUGUUGGAAUCUUGUUCAAGAGACCUCUUUAUUAUACCAGUUGGUUUCCUGUGGACAUUUUUUUGUUACCACUGUUUAUAAUUCUUGUUUAUAAAACUGACAACAGA